UGUUGAAGUGUGUAUGAAGGUCUGGACCGCGCGGUGUUCGAGCAGCAGGAAGCGGCUCCGAGGGGCUUCAGUUUCAGGCAGAACCCCUGUGAGGCUCCGGCUGGUUCCCGGACCCCGGACCGGACCUCCACCCUGCAGAACCGGACCCUGACCCGAACCUCCCCUGAAAGCUGGGUCAAUGGAGGAGCUGCAGCCUGAGGAGCAGUUCCUGCUGUGUGCUCGCAACGGAGAUCUGCCUGGAGUCCUACGGUUCCUCCAGCCUGAGAGCAGUGCAGAGACACCGAUCAAUAUAAACUGCAAAGGUAAAAGUAAGUCGAACCUGGGAUGGACGCCUCUUCACUUGGCCUGUUACUUUGGUCACAAAGACGUAGUGGAAGUUCUGCUCAAGGCAGGUGCAAAUGUGAACUUACCCAAUAAUAUAGGAGAUACUCCGCUGCAUAAAGCUGCCUUCACAGGAAGAAAGGAGGUUGUCAUGCUGCUGCUGAACUAUGAUGCAUGUGCUGCUGUCAUCAAUGGGACAGCUCAGACUCCCAAAGAUGUCACGCAAAACGCAGAGAUCAGAAGCAUGCUAGAAGCGGCUGAGAGAACGGAAGAGAGGAAACUGGAGGAGAAACUUCUGGAAGCGGCACGUGAAGGAGACCUGUCAACGCUCAGUAUGUUGCUCAGCAAGAAGAAACCUCCUGAUAUCAACUGCACAGAUCUGCUGGGCAACACUCCGCUGCACUGCGCUGCCCAUCGAGGACAGAGACUGUGUGCCCUGAAGCUGCUCAAGAGUGGAGCCGACCCCAACGUCCACAACAAAAACGGACAGACGGUGUUUGACCUGGUCACUGAUUCAGCCAUGAAGCUGUGUCUAGAAGGCAACAAUCAUCGAGGUUUAACCCGUCAUGUCAAGCAGUUUGAAGGGCCUCUCUGGAAGAGCUCCAGGUUCUUUGGUUGGCGCUCCUACUGGGUGGUCCUGCAGGACGGGGUUAUAAACUGGUACUCCAAACAGUCAGACGCAGCUACGAAUGUCAGACGGCAGGGCUGUAAGUCCCUGACAAACUCUCAGUGUUUGCAGGAUUUCCAUUAGCUGUAGUGCAGAAAAUGGAGGAAAUCUGCGAGCUGUCCAGUGAGACCACCUCCAAUCUCAGCAUCUGUCUCAGCCUCUUCUCCAGGCGGGAAGGGAAUCAGCCUCUGAGCUCUCUCUGAGCGGCUUCGAGACGGUGGACAGCCAUUCCUUAGAAGAGGACGAGGAGGAGGACAAACGCUCCGUCAGGCUCUGCAGCCCCGCCAGCAGCAUGCUGCAGGAGGACCACCAUGGAGACGGGGACGGGGCUCAACCGAACGGGAUAACAAAGCAUAGGACAAGCUUACCUGCUUCAAUGUUUUCAAGAAACGACUUCAGCAUUUGGAGCAUCUUAAGAAACUGCAUUGGAAUGGAGCUUUCUAAGAUUACAAUGCCGGUAAUUUUCAAUGAGCCGCUCAGCUUCCUGCAGCGUCUGACCGAGUACAUGGAGCACACCUACCUCAUUCAUCGGGCCAACUCCUCCUCAGAUUCUAUUGAGAGGAUGAAGUGUGUGGCUGCUUUUGCGGUGUCGGCUGUGGCCUCCCAGUGGGAGCGGACGGGUAAACCAUUCAACCCUCUGCUUGGAGAAACCUAUGAAUUGGUCAGAGAGGAUCUGGGUUUCAGGCUCAUAUCGGAGCAGGUGAGCCACCACCCUCCAGUCAGCGCCUUCCACGCCGAGGGCCUGAAGCAGGACUUUGUUUUUCAUGGAUCCAUCUACCCUAAACUCAAGUUCUGGGGAAAGAGUGUAGAAGCUGAGCCAAAAGGUGUCAUCACCCUGGAACUGCCCAAGCACAAUGAAGCCUACACAUGGACAAACCCAACAUGUUGUGUUCACAACAUCAUCGUAGGUCAGCUGUGGAUUGAGCAGUAUGGAAGUGUGGAGCUGAUCAACCACAGAACUGGUGAAAAAUGCUGCCUGAACUUCAAACCGUGUGGACUGUUUGGAAAGGAACUGCACAAAGUUGAAGGUUAUAUUCUUGAUAAAAGCAAGAAGAAGCUGUGUGCGCUCUACGGAAAGUGGACAGAGUGCCUGUAUGUUGUCGACACGGCUGCCUUCGAAGCGUACAAGAAGAAUGACAAAAAAGCAGGAGAUGAGAAGAAAAGCAGCAAAGCGGGUGGUAGUGGCGAUCAGGAGGAGGUUCCCUCUCCAGCUACAGACACCGUGGAGGUGAUUCCUGGCAGCCAGCUGCUGUGGAGGAUCACACCCAGACCAGCCAACUCCACCCAGAUGUACAGCUUCACAUCGUUUGCCAUGCAGCUGAACGAGCUGUACAAAGAGAUGGAGGGAGUGAUUCCUCCGACUGACUGCAGGCUCAGACCUGAUAUAAGAGCCAUGGAGAACGGUGACAUUGACCUGGCCAGUGAGGAGAAGAAGAGGCUGGAGGAAAAGCAGAGAGCUGCGCGUAAAAAYCGCUCCAAGGCUGACGAGGAGUGGAAGACCAGGAACCCUCCUCUGGGCCCGAGGUGGUUUCAGCAGGGACAGAACCCUUACACCCGCUCUCAGGACUGGCUUUUCUCUGGAGGGUAUUGGGACCGAACAUACAGCCAGCUGCCAGAUAUUUAUUAAUCCACACAACAAAGACUAUCAGUAUCUUGUUUUUAUUUAUUUAAUGGAAAAGAAGCUGCAGUGGUUGAAGCACUACAAGAAACGUGAACCUGCGCAGUCUGGGCCCAUUCUGGAUCAGAACAAACAUCAUUAAUCAGCUGCUGAUUCUUCCAGUUUCACCUUCAGUCAGGAGCAGCUGCCUUUAUUUUUUACUGUGUAAUCUUGUUUUGAAUGUAUAGAACUAUGUGUGUGUGUGUGUGUGUGUGUGAUCAUGGGCUUCAGUUAAACAGCAGUCUGUUAGCAGGCUGAUGUAAAUGUUUGUUUUGUGAGUUUUGUCUUAUAAACAGCUAAUCUGAACUUCCUGCUGGCCUUGAUAAGCUUUAUAAAUCAAUUCAUCUCAGCUGUGCUCUGCACCAGCUCAACSACAUUAAAGAACUUUGUAAAAAGAUCAAAUUAGAUCAGGUUUUUACUGAAACUCUAAAUUGUGAAUAUUGUACAAAGAACAUAAAAAUGGUUCGAAUUUAUGAAGUUAUAAAAACAUUCUAUUUUAAGUGAAUUUGCAUCCAUAUAAAACAUUGAAAGUAUUUUAUUGUGUCUAAAUAAAAGAUUUCAAUGUA